CACCCUCAUUUUACACUCAUAAAAACUUGAUCAUAUUCUUUGAAAAAAAGAAAACUAAGUUAUGGGUUUAACACUAGAUAGUCACAUCUCUCUACUGUGUGUGAUUGUAAUACUUCUGCCUUCAUUGUGCUUCAGCCAAGACUCUUAUGUCUCUUCUAGAGCAACUUAUUAUGGUAGCCCUGAUUGCUUAGGGACUCCAACUGGUGCUUGCGGGUAUAAAGAAUAUGGAAGCACCGUUAAUGGUGGUGAAGUGACUGGAGUCUCUUUUAAGCUCUUCAAGAAUGGUACUGGCUGUGGAGCAUGCUAUCAGGUUAGAUGCAAGUAUUCGAAGCAUUGCAGUGAAGACGGGAUCAAAGUGGUUGUGACCGACCAUGGUGAAGGAGACAACACAGACUUCGUCCUCAGCGCUCGUGCCUACAAUAAACUUGCACUUCAAGGACAGGCGGAAAUACUAUUUUCAUAUGGUGUGGUUGACGUCGAAUACAAGAGGAUUUCUUGCCAGUAUCCAGGCUAUAAUCUCAUGUUCAAAGUUCAUGAACAUAGCAGAUACCCUCAGUACCUUGCACUCAUCGCUAUAUACCAAGCCGGUGUCAGUGAAAUCACUGCUGUCGAAUUAUGGCAGGAGGAUUGCCAAGAAUGGAGGGGUAUGAGGAGGGCUUAUGGAGCAGUAUGGGACAUGCCCAACCCACCACAGGGAGCUAUAAACUUGAGGUUCCAAGUGAGUGGUUCAAAGUGGGUUCAACUUAAAAGUUUGAUUCCAAGUGAGUGGAAGGCUGGGGCUACCUACAACACUGCUAUACAACUUGAUUAAAUAAAACUCCAUCAUGAAGAUGAAUAUCUAAACAUUCUAUAUAUGGUCGUAUACAUGCUUCAUUAAGCUAGAUAAAUAACACAUGUAUUAGUUUGUUGUUUGUUGUUAGUUGUGUGGUUAAUCUUUAUGUGAUAUAUGUGCAAUAAUAAAGGAGUGUUUUAGUCAA